AAAUUUGGCGUGAUUAGGUUAUUUGAUUGGGAAUCAUGAAGGUGAUCGUUAAGUCGUUUGAUACUCGAGUCAUAGACACAAAUGACUGUCCAACUGCUGCAGAUCUAAAGAUUUUACUAGCAAACAAGGACAAUUUGCCACUUGAUAACUUGCAGUUAUACAACUGUGGAUCAUUAAUUAGUGAUUCUCAAUCUUUGGUAUCUCUGUCGAGUGACGCAUCUAUCGAUGUCGUUGUUCCGGCAUUAGGAGGUAAGGUACACGGAUCACUUGCGCGUGCUGGUAAAGUUCGUGGGCAAACCCCGAAGGUUGAAAAACAAGAAAAACGGAAGUCUCCACGAGGUAGAGCUAAGCGUAGGAUGCAGUACAACAAGCGAUUUGUAGCAGUUGUACAACAACCUGGUGGCAGAAGAAGAGGCCCGAAUUCUAAUGUAAAGUCAUCCUAA